CCCGGGUCACGUGACCGCAGGACGCUCUGGCUAACGUGGUUUCCACUAGCGAGGGCUAUGGCCGGCUUGGUGGACUUCCAGGACGAGGAGCAGGUGAAAUCCUUUCUGGAGAAUAUGGAGGUGGAGUGCAACUACCACUGCUACCGCGAGAAGGACCCAGACGGUUGUUACCGGUUGGUGGACUAUCUGGAAGGCAUCAAGAAGAAUUUCGAUGAAGCUGCUAAAGUGCUGAAGUUCAACUGUGAAGACAACAAGCACAGUGACAGCUGCUACAAACUGGGGGCCUAUUACAUAACUGGAAAAGGUGGACUGACUCAAGACCUGAAAGCUGCCUUCAGCUGCUUUCUGAUGGCGUGUGAGAAGCCCGGCAAGAAGUCUAUGGAAGCCUGUCACAAUGUCGGUCUCCUGGCUCAAGAAGGAGAGGUCAAUGAGCAUGGCCAGCCUGACCUGGCGAAGGCCCGGGACUACUACACCAGGGCCUGUGAUGGCGGCUAUGCUCCCAGCUGCUUCAAUCUCAGUGCCAUGUUCCUGCAGGGUGCUCCGGGCUUCCCCAAGGACAUGGCCCUGGCUUGUAAAUACUCCAUGAAAGCUUGUGACCUGGGCCAUGUCUGGGCCUGUGCCAAUGCCAGCCGCAUGUACAAGCUGGGGGACGGUGUUGAUAAGGAUGAGGUAAAGGCCGAGGAGCUAAAAAAUCGGGCCCGGCAGCUGCACAAAGAACAGCAGACAAGUGUCCAGCCCUUAACGUUUGGGUAAUGUGACCCACCUCCCUCCCGGGCAGCAAACAGUUGGGGGCUGGGACCUCCUAUUUCUGAGACCUGAUGCAGCUCUUGACAGUUAACCUGCUGGAGCAGGAGAACUUCGGGCUUGAUUUCAGCAGCUCUGGUUACGUAGAUGCAUUUAUCCUGGAAUCGCCUGCUGGGAUAUGGCCUGCAGAGUGUAUUUCAGUUACUAAUCCUUUAUCAGGUUGAAUUCUGUGAAGAAAAGCACAUUUAUGGGGCCUUAAUUUUCAUACUCUUCCAGUUCCGUCAAAAGUAGCAAAAAAAAAAAAAAAAGCAGCAAACUAGAGAGCCAUAGAAAUGUGGGCAGUGAGACAAACAGCAGGACGUUGGAAAGAUUAGCAGCCACCGGCCUUGGAGGAACCAGGCAUCAUAAUCAUUAUUAACGUUACUUUAGCUUGAAAAUCAGAAAGUGUCUUGAUUGAUAUAAUAGAGGGGCUAAGAACAGUUAAAUAGUCACGACUGCCACCCUCUGAUUUAUGUAAUCAUUGGUGUGGGCCUUCUUUUUCAGUCUUCCUGUAAAUUCAGAGAGAUCAGGAGGGAUGUGUAACAUGAAGGUUAAAGGCUGUUGUACCUCAGGGUUGCUGAAGAAGAAGAAACAUAAGCCUGCCUUCUUUUAGCAGGUAUUCACAGUUAAAAAUUAGCCCCUCACCUAACCACAGGCACGCACCUGUAAUCCUAGACUUAGAGGCUGAGGCAGGAGGAUUGCUGUGAGUUCAGGGCCAGCCUGAACUGUAUAGUGAGACUUCACCUCUAAAUAAAUAAAUAAACAAACAAAUAAUUAGCAUCUCCAGGGCAUUCACCUGGCCCUGCUCCUCGUGCUGAGGAAACAGAUUAUUCCCAAAACAGCUCCAGCUGGGAAUUUGUAAGCAGAUUAUGUGACAUUUUGCCAACAGGAACUGCAUUUUUGUAGCUUUUCCUAUGAAUAAACCAAUCUGAUUGAUCUAUAGCUUGUUUUAUGAGUGACCUCCAGACUCUAGAUAGGGUAGAGUAUGUUCUUCAUGGUGGUUGUGCCUUUUAGGAAUAUUUGCUUUUUCUAAUCUCCCUAACUUGUCGCCAGGGGGCAAGCUUGUCGUUUUCCUGCUGUUAACAGGAUCAUUAAAUCUGUCACUAUGAGUGUUCAGCUUUCAGCUUUGCAGCUGUCCUAGAAGGAAGGCCUGCCUUGGGAAGGUUUGCAAGCCCAGCCAUCCAUCUUCUCAACUUGGUAGAGAAGGACUUUCCCAAGUGUGGGUGUCACGGGGCUGGGUUUCCGUGUUUCCCAAAUAUAACCCACUCCCCUGCAGCAGGCUCACCGACUCCCAUCGCAGAAAAAGCGUUUGCAGGAUCUGCCAGAGAUGUGAGUAAGGUUUGUUAGGCAAGGGCAGAGAGCACAGUGGCCUCUGAGCGAGAGGCGGCCUUUCUUGCAAAGUGAAAGCAAACAGCCCCCGGGUUGUUGAAUCUGAGAGGGGGCCUGAAUAGGUUGCCAAAGGGUCUCCCAGUUUAGGAUUUUUAUAUUAAAAAAAAAAAAGACUCUGUUGCUAAAAUCAGUAUCAACAGAACAAAGAGAUUCUUUAGAGGGGCACAAAUAUCUCAUUCCUGGGCAAGAAGAUCCCAGCAAACCAGUGAGGCCUUUGUUUUGUUGAGCCGCCAGACGCUCUGGCCCCAGUUCAUGUCCUUCACUGACUCCUGACUUGCUCUUUGGCCUUUUCCUGGCCACCUAUAACUCCCUUUGCCAGGACUCUGCUUGUCCCCUGCACAUACGCAAACUUGAUGGUUUAAAUUUCUGUUGGGAGCCUCUUUUUAGGAAAUGUUAGCAAGACUUUAGAAAACGGAACCUAAGCCCAGCUACACCUGUGGAGGUUAGAGGUCUCGCAGUUCAGUCUCCCGGGUCUGUGGUUUCAGCUGUCCUUAUCUCAGGGCCAGGAUGCUAUCCCUUACUCUUAAUUGAGCCAAUUUAUGUAUGACCUUGGGUGACUUCAGCUGUGUCCUGGAAGUUGCCAUCUUCUUACAAAGUACAGUUGUUAUAAAAUU